UCAGAGUUUAGCUAAAAAAAAGGUAAAAGAAAAAUAACGAUUUGCGAUACAUAACGCAUUCAGCAUUGAUUAAAUUUAACUUUUAAAAACAAGACCUUGAAUAUGUGUGAUUACUAACAUUGUUGUAUUUAUGUGAACCCCUGAUUGUUCCAUCUGCAUAAAAAGUUGACCAAUUUGGGACGGAAUCAUGAAUCAGGCCCGUGACAACAUAUUAUGUCCGCCACCUCACCUCAGGGUUAUUUUGCCCUCGUCUUUGGAUAUCGCGCCCCCGCCGUUUGUGGACAUGAACAAUUUACAAGAUAUACCUCCUCCACAAGCUGACUUCUCAGCGCCCCCUCCGUAUGAUGUGGCAGCUAACUCCAAGCUUCCCACAUAUGAAGAGGUGCAGAGAGAGAAACAAAUGGAAGGAGAACUGCCUCCACCAAUGCCGCCGCAGGCGCAUCCGACAAUAGCGGCGUUCGUCACAGUGGAGUCGGGUGACGUAACAGCUGAACAGCUUGAUCCUGAAAACAGCCUGCUGGGCACUGACAUCAUGUUCUUGACUUCAUUCUUUGUGGCGUUCCUAUUCAACUGGAUCGGGUUCCUGCUACUCAUGUGCUUCUGUCACACGGUGGCGUCGCGGUACGGCGCGCUGGCCGGCUUCGGGUUGUCCCUGGCCAAGUGGACGCUCAUCGUCAAACACUCCACCGACCUCGCCAGCCACGAGAACUCCUGGCUGUGGUGGCUGAUCAUGGCUUUUGGUAUACUAAUCUGCGUGCGUGCAGUGAUCCAAUACCUGAACAUCAAACGCGGCUGGCGUCUACUUUCGGGCACCGCUCAAGAGAGACUACUAUUCUUCUAUUGAACACUUAGCUACUUUGUAAGUGCACUAUUCAUGUUAUAGCCUGAUCAGGAAAAAUACGGAACGUCAUUAGUCUACUAUCUCUAAAAGUUCCAAUUUUACGAUUGACGUUAAUCUAGUGUUUACGUUACGUUUCUUAGUACGUCAUUCUCUGUAAGAAUGAAAGAGAUCGCGAGGUAUUUAAUCAAAGGUUAUGUCAUAUGUGGUAAAUUGGAACUUAACCAAUCACAAUUAUUUGUAGUGUUGCAUCAUUUUCUCUUUUCCUCAUCCGGCUUUAUUUAAGUUGAAGAAAUUUUAUGUGAUGUAUAGCUGUAAUUCUAUCCGUAACUAUUGUUUAAUAGUAUUGUAUAGUAUAUACAAUAUGCAUAGAUGUAGAUUGAUUAGAUAUUGUUGGGUUGAUCGUUGUAGAAUAUAAAGUUUAUUUCGGACAAUGUAGUGGUGACAGAUUAAUAUAUUAUGGCUUAAACUUUUGCCCUUUUGAAAAAAACAUUAGGUAAGUUUUUUUAUUAAUAAGGGGGUGCGACCGGCUUCCGACAUUGGUCGUGUUUGUCUGUCGUGACUCGUGUCUAUAGAAAAACGAAUAUUUCCGAGAAACAUUAGAUAUUGGCUUUAAUGUUUUAUCUUCAUAU